AUGAACCUGGAGGGAACCACCGAGUUUGGCAGGAGCUUGCUGGGAGGGACCGGGCAGGUUUUCGUGAAAACAAAGUUCGGCACUUCGUCUGUCCUUGCGCCACAGGUGUACCAACAAGCACAAUUGCCUUUCGGGUUCAAGGUGGUGACAAACAUUCGCUUCAAGAGUGCUCCCACCGAUCCGCCUCCACUGCACGAGUACGAGUUCUUCAGGGAUGCCGAGCCCUGGGAUGUGCCUUCGUGUUUUGAGGGCCACAAGAUCCUUGAGGGGCUAUGCCUGUCACCGACUCAAGCAAGGGCCCUUGAACGAGAUACAAGACAACAAGCAAAAAGUCCAAGAUGGCACAAAGAACGUGCGCUUCGACUAACGGCGUCGAACUUUGGAGUGGCAGCCACACGUGAGGUCUGGUCGCAGAAAGGGCUGCACAACCUAACCAGCACAAGAGACCUCUCGAAGGUUCCUGCGAUACGGCAUGGCAUCACGCAAGAACCCAUCGCUGUCCAGCGGUACAUGGAUGUGCUGCAGAGCUUGGGGCACAGUGCGACUGUUGGAUCGUGCGGCAUUUUUGUCGAUCCUUCGACACCCUGGUUGGGUGCGUCACCGGAUAGAAUUGUAUUCGACCCAACUGAGGUCCCUCCCCAUGGAGUCCUGGAAGUAAAGUGUCCGAAGACCCUUUAUGACAAGUCUGUAGAAGAACUCAAAACUUUGAAGUUCUGUUCCGAGAUCAAGGGGGAUUGCCCUGAACUCAGGCGUACCCAUGACUACUACCACCAAGUGCUUGGGCAGAUGGCUAUUGCAGGGCUGCAAUGGGGCGACUUUGUCGUCUUUGGUGACCAGUUCAUUCUUGUAGAAAGAAUUCGCUUCUGCCCUGACGACUGGAGUGCAGUGAGCAUGGAGCUCCAAGAUUUUUAUUUUGAUCAACUGCUCCCACACCUUGAAUUGUUACAUUAGCGAGGACAUUUUGUGUUCUUUUGUUGUCAUUUCCUAUUUUGCUUCUGUUCAAUUUUUGAUUUCUCCUGUCUAGGGUUACUAUGAAUAUUGUUCACCAACUCGCAGUUUUUUUGUUUUUUUUUCUCUUUCUCCUGUAGUUACUUUAUUUCUUUUGUAAGAAUCGCGAAUAUAAAAUUUAUUUGACUUUCAGAAUUGUAUGAAGCGCUGCUUUCCCAAAGUGGUUAGUGGGGGGAGGAAAUCUCGACUUCUUUUGGUGACAUUAUCAAGUGUUAGGCGUUAUUGUUCAAUUUACGGGAAAGUUCAGCUCUUUUUGUAAUUAUGGCAAAGCUCAUUAGUUGCCCUGUUUUAUCAAAUCAAGCUCUACACAGUCAUGUAGAACUUUUUGUGCAGUGACUUCAUUUUGUAUUUUGAAAUGCAGAGUAAUCUUGCGUAUAGCUUAUGCUAACAGCCUUAUCUGCUUGUGGUACCCCUUUAUGUAAAAGGCCAAUACGAACUGUCCUAGGCACAGCUUCGCUUUUCUGCAACAUUGUAUUUAUUUUUACUUUCUCAAUUAUUAUGUUGGUCUGUAUAACUAGGUCUUUUCUCUACCCCUGUAUAUUUGAAAAAAGCUUGUCCGAGU